ACCAACCUUAAACCCUUGUAUCCCCUCAGAGCUUCUCUUUACUCCAAGAAAUAAAACGUACAGACCCCAAAACACAGAAGAAACAUGRMGGGGCUCAAGGUUUCCUGGCACAUAACUGGUGUCCUUGGCCUGGUGUUGGCGACAUCAGCGAUGCUGGCUCACGGCCAAAUCGUCUCACCCUGCACCAACGCCAUGAUUAGCAGCUUUGCGCCAUGCUUCAAUUACAUAACUGGGAGUAGUGGCAAUGGGUCUUCGCCGACUGCCGACUGCUGCCAAUCGCUUCGGUCUCUUAUGAGUACUAGCAUGGAUUGUACGUGCCUUGUGGUGACUGGAAAUGUGCCAUUCCAGAUACCAUUCAAUCGAACUCUGGCAAUCUCACUUCCCAGAGCCUGCAAGAUGGAUGGUUUUCCCGUCCAGUGCAAAUCAUCAGCAUCUGGCUCUCCUCUUGCAUCUCCAGGUCCUGCAACAGUCGGGAUUGUUCCUCCGGUUGUGAUACAAGCUCCUCCUCCUAGCACCAAAGCUUCUAUCCCUGAAUCUUCACCACCAGCUCUGCCUCCGGAGAGUGACACAACCGUGGCAUCACCACCACCAGCGGAUUCAGCGACUCCAACGUCAAUUCCCGGGAUGCGUCCCCUUCUCAACCCAUCAGCAGCUAUGCCCUCUUACAUUUACUCACCAUCGCUCUUCCUAUUUGCUCUGGGAGUAAUGGUUUUGUGUUAUCAAUAAGUCUGGACCUUGGAUUCUACACAUGGGCCGGCCUUUCUAUUCUUUGGGCAUGAAUGAUUGGAUUGGGUUUGUUUUAUUUCAUUUUGUUUGGGAGACGUUUGAGUGACUGAAUGCAUCCUUUGAUUGAGAUUGUUGUAAAAUAUGGGCACAAUAAUAAUGAAUUUGCAGUUUCUUA